AAAUUACAAAAUUCAUUCCAAUCAACUUCUCAGUAAAAGACACAUUUUGUCUGACUCUUUCAAAUCAAAUUGAUACUUCAAUAUUCAAUAUCAAACACAAAAAAUAAGAAGGCCGUUAGGAAACUCAAGAACGCUUUUAAUAUUUUGACUAAGAAAUAUAUGUAGUUAGCCUUUGAUGGUAAAACAAACAAAUUAAGACAUCAGUCUGAUCAAAUCAUAACAGUUUAAGUAUAAAAGAAAUAAACAAAAUAAGGAACAGUGAUUAAAGUAUUUUUUAUUUUAGGUAUUUUGAAUUAAGAUUUAGUGUAUCAAUCUAUAAUGGAAACGUGAGGAAGACAGAAAAAAUAUCUUUCUAUAUAUAUUGCCCUAUAUAGUAGCAGUUGGUGAUUAUAAGUGAGCAUAAAUUAAACAUGUGUUUCAGGAGGCGAAAUUCAUGUAGGAAGCUUGAUCGUGUCGCCAGGUAAACUACCGCUGCUUUCUUUUGACUUUUGUAUCGGAUGAUAAUAGGGCAGGCAUAUAUAGUUGACAGUCCAACUUGGAAUUCAUUGAAGGAUGGGUUGCGAACUUGCGAUUGCUAUCUGAUAACUAAUGGCAAAAAGAAAUUAUGAUAUUGAAUAUGUUGGUUGAUUUGAGCUGAGGGAUGAGGAUCGAGGAAUAUGCUAAUUGAUGAAUAAAAAUUUGUCUUCAACCUUUCACUUAAUAGCACCUUAAACUUUAAUUUGAGUAUAGUUUUUAACAAAUGAUAAACUUGGGUGUCAUUCUCAUUACACUUUCAUGGGUGCUGAAAUGGAAAAUGGCAAGGAUCCGACUUUUCCAGGCUCAGAGAUGAGAUAAAAUUCCAAAGUGACGGUGACUUGGAACUUGGAAGGCAUUGCUUAAGGUCCAUCAGAUCAUAAAUUCUGCAUUCUUCUUUUCUCUUGUUUUCACCAAGCUGUCCUGAUCUUCUUGUAAUAUCUUGCUUAAUCCAGUAUGUUGAAGUAUUAUCUGUGGCUCUUCGGUUGUUAAUAAGAAAUUUAUUGAAGGGGGAAUAUGUGCUUUUUAAAUGGUCUAUUUUCUUGCAACCGUCAGACCAAUGUAGCUUCAAUUCGUUAUAAGUUGCUUGAGGGGACGCAAUUCUUAAUAUAUACAUGCAUGAAUCCAAUUCCAAUGUUUAAAUCACUUAGAUGUUAGAUUGAUCGAUUCGUUUGUGAAUGUAUUAACGCAAAGUCAGCAUCAGAAUGGAAAAUGUUCCGCUUAUGUUCAAGAUAAUUUGGUCCAAUCUAGCUGCUCCACAACUCCUUUUAAUGUCCUCUAGCAGCCAGUUAUUCAUCAGUUGACAGUGUCAUGGUAUUUUUGCUUUUGGUCCCUUACAGUUGAAUUGUUUUUGUGCCAUGUGGCUGAAUAAUUCUUUCUUGUUAAACAGAACUGAUCAACCAUGCAUAUAGUCUCACUGCAAAUGGUAUGACUUUUUCUUUCUUUUUGUAGAAAAGUUAGACCAUGCCAAUAUGAGGUUCAUAAUGGGACACUUGAAAUUCGAGGAAAUUCUGUUGCAUAUCCACAACUGAGGUGGUCCCCGGUUGCGCAUGUUUUCAGUGAGCCUGUGCCCAACAAACAGCCAACUAUAUAUAGGCAUUGUAAAUGCCAUUAUUCUUAUAACAAAGCCUCCAGUUUAGCUAUUGAACCGAAAUCUGAAACAGAACAAUGUAUCAUUCUCAGCUUUUAUCAAGCAUUUGCAUACCUUGCGCGGUGUUAUUACAACCUAAAAAAAGUUGGAGCAGUUCAAAUUCUAAGGCCGGGACGACAAUUGGUGAUUGCACAAAGGUCCCACGAAAUGUGAACUUGGAGAAACUACGAAGUGGAUAUCUUUUUCCUGAGAUAUCCAGGCGUGAGUCUGAAUACAUGCAGAAGAAUCCAGAUGCAAGCUUAAUAAGACUUGGUAUUGGUGAUACAACACAGCCUAUACCAGACAUCAUAACACUAGCAAUGGCUGAGCAAGUACGUGGCCUAUCGACGAUUCAAGGUUAUAGAGGAUAUGGGGCUGAGCAAGGCAACAUGGCACUAAGGAAGGCUAUUGCAGGAAAAAUUUACCAGGAUAUGGGUAUAAAAGCUGAUGAGAUUUUUGUAUCUGAUGGUGCACAAUGUGACAUUUCUCGCCUUCAGAUGCUUCUGGGAGCCAAUGUGACAGUGGCCUUGCAGGAUCCAUCGUUUCCAGCCUAUAUUGAUUCAAGUGUCAUAGUUGGUCAAGCUGGCGAGUUUGAUGAUGAAACUGGGAAGUAUGGAAACCUCAUCUACAUGAACUGUGGGCCUGAGAAUAAUUUCUUUCCUGACCUAUCAACUACUCCAAGGACAGAUGUCAUUUUCUUUUGUUCUCCAAACAAUCCCACCGGUCAUGCUGCAACUCGGCAGCAACUAAAGCAGCUUGUAGCGUUUGCAAAGGCCAAUGGGUCAAUAAUAGUUUAUGACUCUGCAUAUGCUGCUUAUAUUACAGAUGAAAGCCCCAGAUCAAUCUUUGAAAUUCCUGGUGCCAAAGAGGUUGCCAUUGAAAUUUCAUCCUUCUCCAAAUUUGCUGGGUUUACGGGUGUGAGACUUGGCUGGACAGUGGUCCCUGAAGAACUGGUGUACUCCAACGGGUUCCCCGUUAUAAAGGAUUUCAACCGCAUUGUGUGCACUUGCUUUAAUGGCGCAUCAAAUAUUGCUCAGGCCGGUGGCCUAGCAUGCCUUUCAACAGAUGGCUACCAGGCUCUACGCAAUGUCAUUGACUACUACAUGGAGAAUGCCAAAAUACUUGUUGAUGCAUUUUCAUCACUUGGUUUGAGCGUCUAUGGUGGCAAGAAUGCACCUUAUAUAUGGGUACACUUUCCAGGAUUGUGUUCUUGGAAUGUAUUCAGUGAAAUUCUUGAGAAAACAAACAUAGUGACUGUCCCAGGCAGGGGAUUUGGUCCUGGUGGAGAAGAGUAUAUUAGAGUCAGUGCAUUUGGUCAAAGACAACGCAUAUUAGAAGCUUCGAGGAGGCUGAAAAAAAUUUCGAUAGAUUAAUUUCAUAUCCUUCACCGACUCAAAGAUGAGAGAGGGCCUCCUUGUCCAAUUUUCUUUGGAAAAAAAAAAGGGAAACCAACAUCAAUAUAACUAUAACUUUGUCCACCUAAUGUUCCUGGAAAUAUUGAAGCUUUUCUUCUUUGCUGGUCAGUAGACUGGGAAUAUGUUCAACGGUUUUGAGUACAUUUCCAUUGUUGAAGUAAUUUCAAAAUCUUAUCUUACUGCAUAAGUUUUGAAAAUUAUAUUGCAAAAUAAGUUUUGAGUACAUGUAGCACUGUCCCAACUCCGUAGCUCGCUCUGAAACCAUAUGAAAUUUGUUUGAACAUUUGGUUUCAUUUUUUAGUUGCAA